UGCUUCAAACCGGCAACAAUGGGGACCUCACCACCAACUUGAGAAGACGACAGCACAAAUUACAGAACCCAAUUAGUUAAAAGCACAUGGAAGAGCGCCAAAAGGGAAAGGGCAAGGACGAGAAGAAGGAAGAAAAGGGAAGGGAAUCAGAGGUCCGGUACCGGGGCGUCCGGCGGCGUCCCUGGGGGAAGUACGCGGCGGAGAUACGGGACACUUCCAGGCAAGGCGCCCGGGUGUGGCUCGGAACGUUCGACACGGCGGAGGAGGCGGCGAGGGCUUAUGACCGAGCGGCAUUUACCAUGAGGGGCCAUCUCGCCGUCCUGAAUUUCCCCGGCGAGUACUUCUCACAGACGCCGAGCUCCGGUUAUUAUCCGUCGUCGUCUUCCUCCGCUUCGGCUUCUCUUAGGCCGGGAAAGGAUGUGAUCGAGCUGGAGUGCUUGGAUGACAAAGUGUUGGAGGAGCUUCUUGAAUCGGAUCAAGAGGAGGAGGAGGAGGAGCCGAGGAGGAGAUGAUCAAGACGAGAAGAGAAGAUUGAUAUCUACCGAUGUUUCAUUGUUAAUUACUAUAUUAUAUAUAUAUAUAUAUAUCUCGUCGUGCUGCAUGCGUUUCUUCUUAAUUUGCUUUCUUCCUGCUCUGUGUGUGGGUUUGCUCCUCCAUUGUUUUCCUCUGAAAGAACGAGAGAGAAGGAGACGAGAGAAAUGCAAUUUAGCUCCUCCGUUUACUGUUCCAUAUUUGGAAGGUUAAUGGCGGCUUUAGGCUUUGCUAAUGCCUGUGUGGAAUUCAAGUAGACUAUAUGCAAUCAAUGGCUUGGCAAUGCGGAUGUUGACUAUCAAUGUGGACUUAAACUGCAAUUACCCUGCAAUUCAUCCCGGGGAAAAAGAAAAAACAUAAGAAGCCACGUCAUUGAUAAUUUUCAUUUAGCCGCCGCUGAUGUGCCACUCCACUCUUGGGCUUCGGCCCAUUCAGCCCAUGGUCACAUUUCAUGUGGGCUUCUUGGAUGCUAGGAGCCUUGCAGCUUUAUCUAUUCUAACAUAACAUGCAAACUUUGUGUUCGGCUUAACAAUUGCCAUAGGCCCAUAGCUUCAUUGAAAAAUACGAUUUUUUUUUUUUUUUAAACUUAGAACGUCGUUCUUCAAUAUAAUAGGUAUUUUUGAUAUUGUCAUAAUAUAAUAAAUCUAGCCUAGCCGAUUGAGCCCAGCCAGGGACUCGGGCUUCGGCCCAUUGAGCCCAUGCUCGCAU